GCACCCAUGGCUGACGUGCAUUUGUUCCUGCGUCCGCUUAUUAGAAGGUAGAAAACUCUCAUGUUGGCGGUGAAGUGGUGAGCGUCGCGAUCGUGGUAGUACUCAUCUCGUAGGAUCGUCAGUCAGCAUGAAGUGGUUCGAAGGCUCCAUUCCUGAGGCGAUCGCCUUGGCCAAGGCCAAGCAGCAAGUGUUUCUGGUCUUCAUCGAAGGGAGCGACGAGCUCUCGCAGAGCAUGUGCAACACAUUUGAGAAUGCGGAUGUCUCUUCCAAGCUGCAGGGAGCGCAGUGCGUGGCCAUUCGUCUCAAGGCCGGCAGUGAGCCAUGCCAGCAGUUUUCACAAAUUUACCCCGUGGUGGUGGUGCCUUCGAGCUUCUUCAUUGGCUGCAACGGGAUUCCCCUGGAGGUGAUAGCAGGCAGCGUGGGCCCCCAGGAGCUGCUGGAGCGCAUUGAAAAUGUCGUCCAGGCCAAGCCAAGCGGGAGCGACGACAACGGCAACAUUGCCAGCGAACCUCAACUGGGUGUGGAUGCUGUGCCAGCGUCUGCUCCGGCUGACAAGGUGGAGAGGGCCAAGAGGUUGCUGGAGGAGAGGAGGCUGCAGAAGCUCAAGGAGGAGGAGGAGGCGACCAAGCGGAGCGAGCUGGAGCGCCGUCGGGUGGCUCGGGAGCUGCAGCUGGCCCGCCAGGCAAAGGAGGACGGGGAGCGACGGGAGUGGGCCCAGAAGCGGGCCCGGGAGAAAGAGGAGGAGCGUCGCCAUCGGGAGGCCAUCCAGGCGCAGAUCGCGCAGGACAGGGCGGACAGGGCCGAACGAUACCAGCACGAGAGGGCGCAGGAGGAGCAGCAGCGUAGGGGGCGCGAAGCCGCCCUCCUUCAGGAGCAGCAGCAGAGGCUCAGCCAGGAGGCCGCAGCACGCAGUGUCGUGGCCAGGAUUCAAUUCAGACUUCCAGACGGCUCAUCGGCCACUCACACGUUUGACGCGACCGCCACGUUGCAAGAUCUCCGCAACUUUGUACUCGAGACGAUCCGGCCGGGCUUCUCUUCCUUCUCCCUGUCGACGACGUUCCCCCGGAAGGAGUUCACCCACAGCCAGUACAGCCAGAGCCUGCAGCAGCUGGAGCUCACCCCUUCGGCCGUGCUGCUCGUCGUGCCCAACCAGGCGGUGGUCCCGUCGGCACUGAGCGACUCGGGGGUGUCGGCCCUGAAGUUCCUGGGGUCGCUGCUGACACCGCUCAUGUUCCUCUGGAGCCUGCUCACGGGACUGUUCUUUGGAUCUCCGGCCCCGACGGAGCCCCAAGGGGUGGCUCCGGAUCCGCCCCAGGAGCAAGGGGGCGCUCGGCGCCGCCGUCCACCGCAGCAGGGGGAGGGCGGUGGUGUGUACCAGCGGCAGGGAAACGUGUACCGGUUCUCGAACCGACGCAGCAGCGACGACGACGACGAGAGCAACACCUGGAACGGAAACUCGACCCAGCAGAUGUAACUUGGACACCCGGAGAAACGGCGAGACGUAGACGGUCGACGGCAGAUGGGCCUGCAACGAGACGCCGUUGGAUUGGUCGUUUGACUCGAGGCAGCACGGUGUGGAUGGGGCGGGGAUUAGUGAAAAUAAAAGUAUCGGGAACUUACCA